AUGUUGUCAUUUUUUCAUCCUGCCGUCAUCUUUUCUCCUUUACGUCAAAUUUCGUCAUGUCGCCAUCUUUUCUCCAUGUUGUCAUAUUUUCAUCCUGCCGUCAUCUUUUCUCCAUGUUGUCUUCAUUUCGUCGUGCCGUCAUCUUUUCUCCAUGUUGUCAUCUUUUCAACCUGCCAUCAUCUUUUCUCCAUGUUGUCUUCUUUUCGUCGUGCCGUCAUCUUUUCUCCAUGUUGUCAUCUUUUCGUCAUGUCGUCAUCUUUUAUCCAUGUUGUCAUCUUUUCAUCCCGCCGUCAACUUUUCUCCAUGUUGUCUUCUUUACGUCGCGCCGUCAUCUUUUCUCCAUGUUGUCAUCUUUUCGUCAUGUCGUCAUCUUUUAGUCGUGCCGUCAUCUUUUCUCCAUGCUGUCAUCUUUUCUCCAUGUUGUCAUCUUUUCAUCAUGCCGUCAUCUUUUCAUCCUGCCGUCAUAUUUUCUCCAUGUUGUCUUCUUUUCGUCGUGCCGUCAUCUUUUCUCCAUGUUGUCAUCUUUUCAUCCUGCCGUCAUCUUUUCUCCAUGUUGUCUUCUUUUCGUCGUGCCGUCAUCUUUUCUCCAUGUUGUCAUCUUUUCAUCCUGCCAUCAUCUUUUCUCCAUUUUGUCUUCUUUUCGUCGUGCCGUCAUCUUUUCUCCAUGUUGUCAUCUUUUCGUCAUGUCGUCAUCUUUUAUCCAUGUUGUCAUCUUUUCAUCCCGCCGUCAACUUUUCUCCAUGUUGUCUUCUUUUCGUCGCGCCGUCAUCUUUUCUCCAUGUUGUCAUCUUUUCGUCAUGUCGUCAUCUUUUAGUCGUGCCGUCAUCUUUUCUCCAUCCUGUCAUCUUUUCUCCAUGUUGUCAUCUUUUCAUCAUGCCGUCAUCUUUUCAUCCUGCCGUCAUCUUUUCUCCAUGUUGUCUUCUUUUCGUCGUGCCGUCAUCUUUUCACCAUGUUGUCAUCUUUUCAUCCUGCCAUCAUCUUUUCUCCAUGUUGUCUUCUUUUCGUCGUGCCGUCAUAUUUUCUCCAUGUUGUCAUCUUUUCGUCAUGUCGUCAUCUUUUAGUCGUGCCGUCAUCUUUUCUCCAUGCUGUCAUCUUUUCUCCAUGUUGUCAUCAUUUCGUCAUGUCGUCAUCUUUUCUCCAUGUUGUCAACUUUUCGUCAUGUCGUCAUCUUUUAUCCAUAUUGUCAACUUUUCGUCAUGUCGUCAUCUUUUCUCCAUGUUGUCAUCUUUUCAUCCUGCCGUCAACUUUUCUCCAUGUUGUCUUCUUUUCGUUGCGCCGUCAUCUUUUCUCCAUGUUGUCAUCUUUUCGUCAUGUCGUCAUCUUUUACUCGUGCCGUCAUCUUUUCUCCAUGCUGUCAUCUUUUCUCCAUGUUGUCAUCUUUUCAUCAUGCCGUCAUCUUUUCAUCAUGCUGUCAUCUUUUCUCCAUGUUGUCAUCUUUUAAUCCUGCCGUCAUCUUUUCUCCAUGUUGUCUUCUUUUCGUCGUGCCGUCAUCUUUUCCCCAUGUUGUCAUCUUUUCAUCCUGCCAUCAUCUUUUCUCCAUUUUGUCUUCUUUUCGUCGUGCUGUCAUCUUUUCUCCAUGUUGUCAUCUUUUCAUCCUGCCGUCAACUUUUCUCCAUGUUGUCUUCUUUUCGUCGUGCCGUCAUCUUUUCUCCGUGUUGUCAUCUUUUCGUCAUGUCGUCAUCUUUUAGUCGUGCCGUCAUCUUUUCUCCAUGA